AUUAGGUUUGAGCCGACCCCAUAUUCCUCAGUUAACUACUGGGAAGCAAAGGAAACACAUCGUACUCUAAAAACUAGAAAAAAAUAGUAAAAAAAAAACUUAAUAAAAACUGAGAAACGUGAAACUUUUCAAAAACGGACCAUGUCCAACGUCAUUAAGAAGGUGAUUCCCAUGCUGGACCGCAUCCUGAUCCAGCGCUUCGAGGUGAAGACGACCACCGCCGGCGGCAUCCUGCUGCCGGAGGAGUCGGUGCCCAAGGAGAUGCAGGGCUUGGUGGUGGCCGUCGGACCCGGUGCCCGCAAUCCGGCCGGAGCUGGCCACUUGUCCGUGGGCGUCAAGGAGGGCGAUCGCGUCCUGCUGCCCAAGUACGGAGGCACCAAGGUCGACAUGGACGACAAGCGCGAGUAUGUGCUGUUCCGGGAGAGCGACAUUCUGGCCAAGCUGGAGUAACCUCGCAGAUCAGACACCAUCUACCACACUUCCUACUCUGAAAACCCCGACAAGACCAACACGAUAAUGCUGCCAUAAACCCGUCAACACCUCACUACCACCACUGACAAUGCUACCGCCAACACUUCCAUCCCGGUGCAGACUCUGCAUUUUGCUUCCGGAUUGCGUUCGAAACUAAAUGAUUAUAAUGAAAUGUUCUAUUUGGUAGCUCUCAAUGUACACUACAACUAUCAUUCGACUACAAGAAGCUAACAAGUCGCUCCAAUUGCGAUUUUUCCACACUAACAAUUUCAUGUAAGGACAGACCAAAUAAACCUUUGUUCAGGUGCGUUUGUGUAUGAAAA